AUGGGCCGAAACACCCGUAUGCAACAAUGGCUAAACUAUCGCGUCAGAGUCAUCAUCAAGGACAACCGUCGAUUUAUAGGCGUCUUUAUUGCGUUUGACAGGCAUAUGAACUUAGUACUAGCUGAUUGUGAAGAGUAUAGGAUGAUAAAGAAACAACCUUCUGACAAAGAACCCGUGGAAAUCAAGCGUACUUUGGGUUUUGUAUUACUAAGGGGCGAGAAUGUAGUUUCAUUUACCGCUGAAUCCGCCCCCGCAUCUACAGCUCCAACGGGACAAACUGGACCAGGGAAGGCUGUGGUUGCCGGCCGAGGUAUGCCUUAUGUCAUGCCAGUUAAUCCCAUGGCCGGGGCCAUGGGAUUAACUGCUCCCCUCCGCGGUAUGGUAGGACCUGGUCCCAUACAAAUGACACCCAGAUAA